GGUUUGUUUAAUAAUCGCCAGAGUAUUUAUGGCCAGGGUUCCGGGCGGCCUCGGGGGAGCCCGGAGACAGCGCGGGGCAGCGGAUGAGGCGCAGUGGCCGUAGCCCAGGGCACCUCCCCCCGGCUUCCCGAACGCUGCCCUGUCCGACCCGAGGGGGAGGAUGGAAACACCAGCUGCGCUCUGAGCCCCUCAGGAAGAUAACACCCUUCCCGCCACAUCACCCCGCGGUCCACGAGUCCAUCUCCCAGAGCUGGGCUGAGCGGAAAAACGAGCGAUGGCGGAUAACCUGAGGAAACUUGUCUCCACCGAAUCUUUACGGUCGAUGCAGGACAAGCUAGAGAACUGGCUGAGGGAGUACAAUAACAACUCAUGUGAUCAAAAUCUAAAUUAUUGCCUGGAACUCAUCGAACAAGUUGCCAAAGUGCAGGGACAGCUCUUUGGGAUCCUCACUACAGCAGCCCAGGAAGGAGGGCAUUAUGAUGGUGUGGAAACAAUCAAAUCACGCCUUUUGCCUUGGCUGGAGGCCUCCUUUACUGCCGCUUCCCUGGGGAAACCUGUCGACAGCAAGAUCCCCUCUCUACAGGACACGUUUGAUAAGGAGAGACAAAAAGAGUCUGUUAUUCGGGAUCGGAACAUACAUCAACUAGAUGCUGAUUUGAACACAACUCGUAAUCAACUCAACCAGGUUCAAGACGAGCUUAAAUGUCUUCAAGCCCAGGAGGAAUCCCGCCACAGACCCCCAGAGCAUAGGAGCUCAGAGAAGCGGGGCUCGGAGCGUAGGAGAGUGGAGCCGCGGGGCGUGGACAGGUGCGGCGCAGACAGGUGCGGCACAGCCCAGCGGAAAGCGGAAGAAAUAUGCGAUUAUGAGAAACAGCUCCGAACGCUGAAGGAUGAGAUAGCUGUUCUUUCUGCUGAAAAAUCUGUGCUCCAAGGAAGGUCCACCAGGAGCCGGUCUCCUAGCCCUGCCUCUUGCAGCCGCAGCCGCAGCCACAGCCACAGCCGCAGCCGCAGCCACAGCCACAGCCGCAGCGGCAGCCACAGUCGCAGUCACAGUCGCAAUCACAGCCGCAGCCGGUCCGCCAGCCCCUCCACCGCGGUCUCCAGGGUCCGGAGCCCGUCCCCGAAUCGCGCCAAACUGUCCAGCGUGGCGCGCAAGGCUGCCCUGCUGUCCCGGUUCAGCGAUGCCUACUCCCAGGCCCGCCUGGAUGCGCAGUGCCUGCUGCGGCGCUGCAUCGACAAAGCCGAGACCGUGCAGCGGAUCAUCUACAUCGCUACGGUGGAGGCAUUCCAUGUAGCCAAAAUGGCAUUCAGACAUUUCAAGAUCCGAGUGAGGAAAUCAUUGACACCGUCUUACGCGGGGUCAAAUGACUUUGAAGAUGCUGUCUUGGAUUAUAUCAUUUGUCAUCUUGAUCUAUAUGAUUCCCAGAGCAGUGUUAACGAUGUGAUCCGAGCCAUGAAUGUCAAUCCCAAGAUUUCAUUCCCUCCUGAAGUUGACUUUUGCCUCCUCAGUAACUUCAUCCAGGAGAUAUGUUGCAUUGCCUUUGCAAUGCAGACACUAGACCCACCCCUAGAUAUUGCAUUUGGGGCCGAUGGAGAAAUUUUUAAUGAUUGCAAGUACCGUCGAAGCUAUGACUCCGACUUCACAGCUCCCUUGGUGUUUUAUCACGUGUGGCCUGCUCUCAUGGAGAAUGACUGUGUCAUUAUGAAAGGAGAAGCUGUCACCAGGAGAGGGGCUUUUUGGAAUUCAGUGCGCUCUGUAACUCGAUGUCGAAGCAGGAGUUUAAGUCCCAUCUGCCCCCGUAGCCGUGUUGGUUUAAGCACGAUAUCUCGAAGCCGGAGUCCUUCUCCAAUAAGAUGUGGACUGCCAAGGUUUUAAAACCACCAGCCAUGUUCCUCUGCCACAGGACACCUGCAACAGCCACUGUCCCCAGGGCCUCCAUCUGCCUGCUGUGCCCGCCUCAGAUCUCACUUAAGAUAAUGUGAAAAGGCCAUUCUGUGUAUCACUUCACACAGAGAGUUAAAUGUUUUGGCUUAGUGCAUUUGUAACUUCAGAUAUAUUGCAUUUUAUUUUAUUUUAGAGAUACAGAUUCCAUUACUUUGAUAAAAACCAUUGCCUAGGCGUUUAGGAGCAUAUUCAUUCGAAGCCCAGUCCAUGACACAGGUUCAGGGUUCUCAUCCUGAAGUCCGAGGCUCUUGGAGAGCAACGACAUGAACUAAAGCGGAAAAUUGAUCGUGCUGAGUCAAAAAGACAAGAGUCCUUUCAGUUUACAAACUGAUCAUAAAUGUUGUCAUGGCUGGUGUUAGCUGGCACUUGAAAAGAAUAUUGGGUGUUUUAAUUUUCUUUGGGGGUUUGGAAGCCAGCCCUAGCUUCAGGCGGGGAACUCACAGUAGUAGCAAUGACAUCCGGCUAAAUGCAGAUGAUGAACAAUUAGGAGAAUGCGGUUGCUUGGCUUGCUUCUCUUUUCCUCCUUUGAAGUGCCCAGUUGGUUUAGUUGAGCACUGUUUUUUGUUUUUUAGUUUUGUCUUUUUAGGACCAUACCUGAAGCACGUGGAGGUUCCCAGGCUAGGGGUCAAACCAGAGCUGUAGCCUCUGGUCUACACCACAGCCACAGCCACGUGAGAUCCUGGCCGCAUCUGCGACCUACCCCACAGCUCACGGCAAUGUUGGAUCCUUAACCCACUGAGCGAGACCAGGGAUCGAACCUGCAUCCUCAUGGAUGCUAGUCAGAUUCGUUUCCCCUGACCCACGACAGGAACUCCUGAGCACUGUUAGUUUGGAAGCUCCUUAUUUGAGAGAAUUGUCUUGCUUCGUAAAUGCAGAGCAGUGGUCUGGGUAGGAGCCAGCUUUGAGAUAAACAUUAAUUACCGUAUGUGUAUCUCGUGGGACUGUUUCAGGCCAUUUUAAUGUCCGUGUUAAAUACAAAAGCUACCAGGACACACCCUUUACUUUUCCCACCUAGAUGUUUAUAAACUCCAUCCUCCUAGGAACGCCGUUUGACUCAAAAUACUCAAACUCAAGGCCAAAAGCUAGGGGCCACGAAUGGAUUUUAAAUUGAGUGCCUGUCCCUUGACUUCUUCACUGUGAAGUACUGUUGAAAAAGUUCAAGUUCAAGGUCAUAGUGGAAUGCCGCUUCUUAAAAUCAGUAUUGUUCUUUCUGCCCGUUUUUUUUCUUUUCACUUUAAUGUUGGCUUUAAACACAAGCUUCACAAAUGACAGCUUUUGCCCUGUGCCUUUUAGAGAUGAGCUCUGAAUUGGCUACAGCUCUAUUUGUGUAAGCUCAGUGCCUGAACCAGCAAUGGGGGCUGUUUAGGUGAAAAUAAACAAAUAAAUAAGAUAAACUACAAACUUUUUUAAAAAAAGCAUCUUGUUUCAUGCUGGGACACAGAGAUGGGGGAGAGACCUUCCCUUGGGUCUGAUGGUCACCAACUCAUUCCCAAGUGGGAGUUUAAUUGUGCUCCCUCUGUGUUUAGGAGUCAAAUGAGGGAAUGUGCCCUGAUUGUGAAAGAGGUCCCCUGUACUUGGUUUAUUUGCUCUGUACCCUUUCCAUCCUCUUGCCAUUUCUCAAGUCUGCAAUUCAAAUUCUAACUACACAGGGCAUGGCAGUUAGUCUAGAAUACGUUUUGUCUUUGCUUUCUUUGGUUUUGGGGGGUUAUAAAUCAAUACAGCUUAAUUUUGUUGCUCAAAUUAUUCCAUCUUUGGACACUGGGAGCUUGUUCAGGUUGGCUUUUCAUUCCUUUUAUAUAUGUGCAACAUUGUCACUUUUGAGCCACAGAUUUAAUUUGUGACACCACAAGAUGCUCUAAAGAUCAUUGUUUUUUCUUUGCAUUUCAGUUUGGGACAUUUCCAUUGACAAAUCUUCACAUUCACCAAUUCUUUCCUCAGCCAUAUCCAGGUUACUUAUCAGACCACCAAAGCCGUACUUUUUUCCUGUUACCAUGUUUUUUAUUUCUAGAAAUUCCUUUUGAUUUGAUUUGAUUUAUUUUAUUGGCUAUGCCUGCAGCAUAAAGAAGUUCCUAGGCCAGGGAUCAGACCUGUGCCACUGCAGCGACCCGAGCCACACAGCAGGGACAAGGCCUAAUCCUUAACCCCAUGGAGCCACCAGGGAACUCCUCCUUUUGAUUUUAGAGUAAUUUUGGGGGAGGGUCCACAAAACAAAAAGAAGCUGACUUAUACUCCUUUCAUCUGGGUGUGCACCUUAACCUUGCUAACUCUGAAAAAUGCUAAACUCUUUCUUUGUAACCUGGGUAAAUGUUAGUUUUUAUACUAUCAGUUUAAUAUCUAAUAAUAAAAUCAAGAAAAAGAGU